AACUAAAAGAAAGCUGCACAAGUCUCGGCGAGACUGCCUCGCUGUUUAUCCGCUGUUUUUCCGCCGUCGACUACGCGAACCCUAAGUUGAUUUCAAUCGGCGUCCGAAUCGGAAUUCAAAAUGGAGUCCAAAAAACUGGGAAAGAUUUCUUAUGAAUUAAUAACUGAUCCUACCACGGCUUUAAAGAAAAUCAGCAUAACCAAUAAUGCGUCAAACUCAACACGUAAGGGCACCAUUUUCAAGGCGGACUAUGACGAUUACAUUCGUCAGUCCGUUUUCAACGAUAUAGAAAAUUCGAACACCCUUCGUAUUCUCUGCUAUGAUGAAAAUCAUGGAUCCUUUCUAGCAGAGGAUUUAACUUGCACUUUAGAGGAGUGGCUAGAGCAAAAGCUAAUAGGAAAUGGUCAUAGGAGUAUGAGGAGUCAAAGAAUUAGAGAUUACUGUGAUAUUACCAAAAAAGAUAUGGAUUGGGUGAAGGAUAUCAUGAAUGAUUUUAACAACGUGCUUGGCUCCAUCACUGAUGGCCUUGGAGCCAUACACCGAGCAAAAGCCGUCCAUGGAAAUUUGUUGGAAGGUGUAGCCGUAAAAAGCACACGAUCACCCCUCAUGGUGAAAAGUACUUUGAAAGGAAUACUUUUCAACAUGAAGGGAGAUCCAAGAAAGGAGGUUGUUCCAAGAGGGAGUUUAGCACCCCAACAAUCAGAUGACAUUGACAAUCUCAAGACGCUAGUGAGAAGAGUUUUCUUUUAUCCAUAUGAGGUAUCUAAUCCUCCAAUCCAGAGAUCCUUUCUGAGAGUAUAUGACAAAUUGUGCUUAAAGCAGCUCCAAUCAAGGCUAUCAACUAGAACCACCGAGGCCGGUACUAUAAAGGGCACUUGGGGUCUAAAAUUGGCGAUAUUUUGGCCCCAGAAAGAGCAAAUAGUCUUCAUGAGUAGGGUCUAUCGCCUAAUAUAUCAUGAACUGCCAAAACAUUGUGGUAGCAACCUAUUUGUUGUCAAGUAUUUUCGUGAUUGGAACUGGACUACCAAAGUUACCACCCAUGAAGAUAAAGUGUUGAGGGAUGUCUUCUAUUUCAAUCAUGGGAAGGUUGGUGAGGAGGAGGAGGAGGAGGAGGAGGAGGAGGAGGAGAAGGAGAAGAAGGAGCCUUACAAUAAAGUAUCUCGUUGGCAUUCGAUGGAUAAACUCCGAUUUUGGAGAAAUUGCAUUGAGCACAUGGACUUGGAUAAGAGUGGCAAUAACCGCAACCAUGAUAAGGUUUUAAAGGUGUUCCCUGAAUUGCUCGCUGAGGUUGUCGAGGCCUUCCAAGAAAUACUCCCUCGGAACGAUUGCAGGACAUGUGUAGUAUCUGUAUUCAAAGACAUGCACUGGGACAACUUGUAGUUUGGGAGAGAAUCAACUUUAAUUUCAAGUGUUAAUUUUAGGUUUUAUAAGUUUAGUGUUAGGCCAAACUCUGACUAGUGGACCUGUGUUUUGAGAUAUUAACUAUUGUGAUUGCACUUGAGAUAUUAACUAUUGUGAUUGCACUUGUCAACUA